AUGCUUGACGAUGGGUUGAGAGCGGUGAGAGCAGAGGAGGAGGGGGUGGAGAGAGCGGGAAGGGAGGAGAGGAUGGAGGAGAGAGGGGUGGAGUGGGGGACCUGGGAUGUGGGGGAUUGGAGGGAGGACCAGCGGAGGAAGUGGGAGGAGAGGACAGGGCCGGAGGGUGAGGGAGGAAAAGACGGGGUCAAGGAGAGAUGGAGCGAUGCACGAGAGGGAGGGAGUGAAUGCAGAGUAGAUGCGCCCUUAUUGCCUGCAAGCAGGUCACACAUAAAGGGGAGAGCAAGGGGUGGAGAGCGCGGGGGAGGAAGGUGGGAGAAGGAUCAUGCAGAGAAUGUGAGUACGAGGGGAGGGAAUGAGAGCGUGGGGAUGAGAAUGUGGUGGGGAGGAAAACGUGGUGGGGAGGAGAAUGUGGUGGGGAGAAUGUGGAGCGGAGGAGAUGUGGUGGGAGGAGAAUGUGGUGGGAGGAGAAUGUGGUGGGGAGGAGAAUGUGGUGGGGAGGAGAAUGUGGUGGGGAGGAGAAUGUGGUGGGGAGGAGAAUGCAGUGGGGAUAAGAGUGCAGUGGGGAUGAGAAUGCAUGGGGAUGAGAAUGUGGUGGGGAGAAAAACGUGGUGGGGAGGAGAAUGUGGUGGGGAGAAUGUGGAGCGGAGGAGAUGUGGUGGGGAGGAGAAUGUGGUGGGGAGGAGAAUGUGGUGGGGAGGAGAAUGUGGUGGGGAGGAGAAUGUGGUGGGGAGGAGAAUGUGGUGGGGAGGAGAAUGUGGUGGGGAGGAGAAUGUGGUGGGGAGGAGAAUGUGGUGGGGAGGAGAAUGUGGUGGGGAGGAGAAUGUGGUGGGGAGGAGAAUGUGGUGGGGAGGAGAAUGUGGUGGGGAGGAGAAUGUGGUGGGGAGGAGAAUGUGGUGGGGAGGAGAAUGUGGUGGGGAGGAGAAUGUGGUGGGGAGGAGAAUGUGGUGGGGAGGAGAAUGUGGUGGGGAGGAGAAUGUGGUGGGGAGGAGAAUGUGGUGGGGAGGAGAAUGUGGUGGGGAGGAGAAUGUGGUGGGGAGGAGAAUGUGGUGGGGAGGAGAAUGUGGUGGGGAGGAGAAUGUGGUGGGGAGGAGAAUGUGGUGGGGAGGAGAAUGUGGUGGGGAGGAGAAUGUGGUGGGGAGGAGAAUGUGGUGGGGAGGAGAAUGUGGUGGGGAGGAGAAUGUGGUGGGGAGGAGAAUGUGGUGGGGAGGAGAAUGUGGUGGGGAGGAGAAUGUGGUGGGGAGGAGAAUGUGGUGGGGAGGAGAAUGUGGUGGGGAGGAGAAUGUGGUGGGGAGGAGAAUGUGGUGGGGAGGAGAAUGUGGUGGGGAGGAGAAUGUGGUGGGGAGGAGAAUGUGGUGGGGAGGAGAAUGUGGUGGGGAGGAGAAUGUGGUGGGGAGGAGAAUGUGGUGGGGAGGAGAAUGUGGUGGGGAGGAGAAUGUGGUGGGGAGGAGAAUGUGGUGGGGAGGAGAAUGUGGUGGGGAGGAGAAUGUGGUGGGGAGGAGAAUGUGGUGGGGAGGAGAAUGUGGUGGGGAGGAGAAUGUGGUGGGGAGGAGAAUGUGGUGGGGAGGAGAAUGUGGUGGGGAGGAGAAUGUGGUGGGGAGGAGAAUGUGGUGGGGAGGAGAAUGUGGUGGGGAGGAGAAUGUGGUGGGGAGGAGAAUGUGGUGGGGAGGAGAAUGUGGUGGGGAGGAGAAUGUGGUGGGGAGGAGAAUGUGGUGGGGAGGAGAAUGUGGUGGGGAGGAGAAUGUGGUGGGGAGGAGAAUGUGGUGGGGAGGAGAAUGUGGUGGGGAGGAGAAUGUGGUGGGGAGGAGAAUGUGGUGGGGAGGAGAAUGUGGUGGGGAGGAGAAUGUGGUGGGGAGGAGAAUGUGGUGGGGAGGAGAAUGUGGUGGGGAGGAGAAUGUGGUGGGGAGGAGAAUGUGGUGGGGAGGAGAAUGUGGUGGGGAGGAGAAUGUGGUGGGGAGGAGAAUGUGGUGGGGAGGAGAAUGUGGUGGGGAGGAGAAUGUGGUGGGGAGGAGAAUGUGGUGGGGAGGAGAAUGUGGUGGGGAGGAGAAUGUGGUGGGGAGGAGAAUGUGGUGGGGAGGAGAAUGUGGUGGGGAGGAGAAUGUGGUGGGGAGGAGAAUGUGGUGGGGAGGAGAAUGUGGUGGGGAGGAGAAUGUGGUGGGGAGGAGAAUGUGGUGGGGAGGAGAAUGUGGUGGGGAGGAGAAUGUGGUGGGGAGGAGAAUGUGGUGGGGAGGAGAAUGUGGUGGGGAGGAGAAUGUGGUGGGGAGGAGAAUGUGGUGGGGAGGAGAAUGUGGUGGGGAGGAGAAUGUGGUGGGGAGGAGAAUGUGGUGGGGAGGAGAAUGUGGUGGGGAGGAGAAUGUGGUGGGGAGGAGAAUGUGGUGGGGAGGAGAAUGUGGUGGGGAGGAGAAUGUGGUGGGGAGGAGAAUGUGGUGGGGAGGAGAAUGUGGUGGGGAGGAGAAUGUGGUGGGGAGGAGAAUGUGGUGGGGAGGAGAAUGUGGUGGGGAGGAGAAUGUGGUGGGGAGGAGAAUGUGGUGGGGAGGAGAAUGUGGUGGGGAGGAGAAUGUGGUGGGGAGGAGAAUGUGGUGGGGAGGAGAAUGUGGUGGGGAGGAGAAUGUGGUGGGGAGGAGAAUGUGGUGGGGAGGAGAAUGUGGUGGGGAGGAGAAUGUGGUGGGGAGGAGAAUGUGGUGGGGAGGAGAAUGUGGUGGGGAGGAGAAUGUGGUGGGGAGGAGAAUGUGGUGGGGAGGAGAAUGUGGUGGGGAGGAGAAUGUGGUGGGGAGGAGAAUGUGGUGGGGAGGAGAAUGUGGUGGGGAGGAGAAUGUGGUGGGGAGGAGAAUGUGGUGGGGAGGAGAAUGUGGUGGGGAGGAGAAUGUGGUGGGGAGGAGAAUGUGGUGGGGAGGAGAAUGUGGUGGGGAGGAGAAUGUGGUGGGGAGGAGAAUGUGGUGGGGAGGAGAAUGUGGUGGGGAGGAGAAUGUGGUGGGGAGGAGAAUGUGGUGGGGAGGAGAAUGUGGUGGGGAGGAGAAUGUGGUGGGGAGGAGAAUGUGGUGGGGAGGAGAAUGUGGUGGGGAGGAGAAUGUGGUGGGGAGGAGAAUGUGGUGGGGAGGAGAAUGUGGUGGGGAGGAGAAUGUGGUGGGGAGGAGAAUGUGGUGGGGAGGAGAAUGUGGUGGGGAGGAGAAUGUGGUGGGGAGGAGAAUGUGGUGGGGAGGAGAAUGUGGUGGGGAGGAGAAUGUGGUGGGGAGGAGAAUGUGGUGGGGAGGAGAAUGUGGUGGGGAGGAGAAUGUGGUGGGGAGGAGAAUGUGGUGGGGAGGAGAAUGUGGUGGGGAGGAGAAUGUGGUGGGGAGGAGAAUGUGGUGGGGAGGAGAAUGUGGUGGGGAGGAGAAUGUGGUGGGGAGGAGAAUGUGGUGGGGAGGAGAAUGUGGUGGGGAGGAGAAUGUGGUGGGGAGGAGAAUGUGGUGGGGAGGAGAAUGUGGUGGGGAGGAGAAUGUGGUGGGGAGGAGAAUGUGGUGGGGAGGAGAAUGUGGUGGGGAGGAGAAUGUGGUGGGGAGGAGAAUGUGGUGGGGAGGAGAAUGUGGUGGGGAGGAGAAUGUGGUGGGGAGGAGAAUGUGGUGGGGAGGAGAAUGUGGUGGGGAGGAGAAUGUGGUGGGGAGGAGAAUGUGGUGGGGAGGAGAAUGUGGUGGGGAGGAGAAUGUGGUGGGGAGGAGAAUGUGGUGGGGAGGAGAAUGUGGUGGGGAGGAGAAUGUGGUGGGGAGGAGAAUGUGGUGGGGAGGAGAAUGUGGUGGGGAGGAGAAUGUGGUGGGGAGGAGAAUGUGGUGGGGAGGAGAAUGUGGUGGGGAGGAGAAUGUGGUGGGGAGGAGAAUGUGGUGGGGAGGAGAAUGUGGUGGGGAGGAGAAUGUGGUGGGGAGGAGAAUGUGGUGGGGAGGAGAAUGUGGUGGGGAGGAGAAUGUGGUGGGGAGGAGAAUGUGGUGGGGAGGAGAAUGUGGUGGGGAGGAGAAUGUGGUGGGGAGGAGAAUGUGGUGGGGAGGAGAAUGUGGUGGGGAGGAGAAUGUGGUGGGGAGGAGAAUGUGGUGGGGAGGAGAAUGUGGUGGGGAGGAGAAUGUGGUGGGGAGGAGAAUGUGGUGGGGAGGAGAAUGUGGUGGGGAGGAGAAUGUGGUGGGGAGGAGAAUGUGGUGGGGAGGAGAAUGUGGUGGGGAGGAGAAUGUGGUGGGGAGGAGAAUGUGGUGGGGAGGAGAAUGUGGUGGGGAGGAGAAUGUGGUGGGGAGGAGAAUGUGGUGGGGAGGAGAAUGUGGUGGGGAGGAGAAUGUGGUGGGGAGGAGAAUGUGGUGGGGAGGAGAAUGUGGUGGGGAGGAGAAUGUGGUGGGGAGGAGAAUGUGGUGGGGAGGAGAAUGUGGUGGGGAGGAGAAUGUGGUGGGGAGGAGAAUGUGGUGGGGAGGAGAAUGUGGUGGGGAGGAGAAUGUGGUGGGGAGGAGAAUGUGGUGGGGAGGAGAAUGUGGUGGGGAGGAGAAUGUGGUGGGGAGGAGAAUGUGGUGGGGAGGAGAAUGUGGUGGGGAGGAGAAUGUGGUGGGGAGGAGAAUGUGGUGGGGAGGAGAAUGUGGUGGGGAGGAGAAUGUGGUGGGGAGGAGAAUGUGGUGGGGAGGAGAAUGUGGUGGGGAGGAGAAUGUGGUGGGGAGGAGAAUGUGGUGGGGAGGAGAAUGUGGUGGGGAGGAGAAUGUGGUGGGGAGGAGAAUGUGGUGGGGAGGAGAAUGUGGUGGGGAGGAGAAUGUGGUGGGGAGGAGAAUGUGGUGGGGAGGAGAAUGUGGUGGGGAGGAGAAUGUGGUGGGGAGGAGAAUGUGGUGGGGAGGAGAAUGUGGUGGGGAGGAGAAUGUGGUGGGGAGGAGAAUGUGGUGGGAGGAGAAUGUGGUGGGGAGGAGAAUGUGGUGGGGAGGAGAAUGUGGUGGGGAGGAGAAUGUGGUGGGGAGGAGAAUGUGGUGGGGAGGAGAAUGUGGUGGGGAGGAGAAUGUGGUGGGGAGGAGAAUGUGGUGGGGAGGAGAAUGUGGUGGGGAGGAGAAUGUGGUGGGGAAAUGCGACAUGCCCACCUGCACGCCCUCUGCUUUUUAA